AUGGCAUGGCAACUCCAGGAGCAGGAAGACGCUCGACGUCAGCGUUUCGAGAAAUAUUUGCAGCAGCAGGAAGAAGAAGAAUUGCAGCAACUGCAAGUAGGAAUUAAUCAACGGGGCACCUCGCGUUGGAUAGAUGUGUGUACGGACGUUAACUUUGUCGAGCGCAGUCGCUACCGCAAACCUGGUGCAAUAAAGGCUCAAGAGCGAUAUGUGCGACGCGACAUACACUGCGGAGUGGCAUCUUGCUGGACUUGUCGUCAAGCUCGCGCACUCUUACCAAGACAAAUGCUACCGAGAAUUCAUGACGAGGAGAUACUCUUUAGGUGUGCGGCGCCGCGUCUCUUAGUUUUAGAAAGCGUUUAUAAAGCUGCUUUACGAAUGGCUUCGAGUCGCAAUGCGGCCAGACUUCGAAAGAUUUUUAAAGGAGAUGAUCCAUGCAUUGGAAGGCAUGUAUAUUUCUAUCUCUUUCCAAAUCAGCACCAUGUCGAGACCUUUGUCGAGCCAACAGCUGGAAAUGAUCUGCAAAGCGUACGCGACGAUCAAGUAUUGCUUAAAACCGUCAUAUGGUAUGUCACACAGGGGCAUUUGCCACCGGAAGCGAAGAUUGUGUACAUGACGAGAAAUGUCGAUGCACCACUAAGCGUGCAGCUUGUCGCAACGGCUAAUGUCCAGGCAGUCACAUGCAAGACAUUCUUAGCCGAGCGAUUACAAAGAAACACGGCGGAAACGGCGCUUUUACUGGAACUUGCAGCUAAUGCGGCUGAGGCUAUAUUGAAUGAGGAAACACAGCGUUUGCCAGACGAAACAGGUCAUUUGAUUGCCAAACAAUCCGAAUUUGCACCUCACUUAAACAGUGUGCAGUUACGAGAAUUGCUGAUACGACCGAAUUCACAGAUUGUAGCUGGAAAACUUGAAGUGAGUACGCACGACCCACUAGAAGCGUUUGUGGCUGUUGAAGGACCACGUGCAAUCGACAAAGUGUUUAUUUACGGACGAGCUGCAAUGAAUCGAGGUAUGCACGGAGACCGAGUGGUGGUCGAGGUAUUGAAUCGAACGUUCUGGCGCACUCCGCAGAGUGAUCAAGUGCUGGUGCAUUAUACACAAGAAGACGAUGAAGACGAAAAUGAUCAUGUUUGCGCAAAGUCAGAGGACCAAUUUGGAGUGAUUCCAACGGGGAAAGUUGUGGGAAUAUUGAGCCGAUCAUUUCAAUAUCACGUUGCCACAAUCAGUGCUUCUACUGUUAAUGCAGGAGAUGACCACGCGCUUGCUGUGCCAAUGGAUAGGCGCUUGCCCAAGAUUCGCAUUCGCUCCCAGCGACUUGAUGUGCUUUUAGACAAACGUCUUAAGGUCGCUAUCGACUCCUGGGCUGUGGAUAGUUCAUAUCCUAAUGGACAUUAUGUUAGCAUUCUCGGUUCUUGUGGUAGCUUGCAGACGGAGCUUAGUGCAUUACUUGUGGACCAUGAAGUGGACGGUUCUCCAUUUAGUGAAGCAGCACUAGCGUGUCUUCCAUCCAGCAAGGAGUGUCCGAUUGAUAUUGAAGGCAAAUGUGUGGCUGAAUGCUCGACCGCGAACAGACCACCGAGGUGCGAGCUGUUGAAUUGGAAUGUUCCCGAGGACGAAGUAGCGCGACGCCGUGAUCUACGGAAAACGCACCGCAUCUUCAGUGUCGAUCCUGCCGGCUGUCAAGAUAUUGAUGAUGCUAUGUCGAUUCGUCGCUUACCCAAUGGAAACAUCGAGCUUGGCGUGCACAUUGCUGAUGUCUCGUACUUUGUUGAACACGGUUCGGCACUAGAUCUUGAAGGAAGACACCGUGGAACAACUGUGUAUUUGGUGGGACAGCGUCUGGAUAUGCUUCCAUCCGUGCUCAGUGCUGAUCUGUGCUCGCUUCACGAGAAUAGAGAUCGUUGUGCAGUGAGUGUCAUAUGGGAACUGGAUGGCAAGACGUAUGAUUUCGUCGAAAAUACCACAUGGUUUGGCCGUACAGUCAUUCGUAGUUGCUCUUCAAUGACUUAUGAACAAGCUCAUCGAUUGUUGCAGGGUAAUAAUGCUGAUGUUCAUGAUGCACAAAGCGGUGGCUCAGUGAAAACGCAAGUUCUCCAGGAAGAGGACUAUGAGGGUGUAGCUGGUGGACGCAUCCCUAUGCAAUUGCAGAAAGAUCUUCGCGAGGAUCUUCGUAUCAUUACAGAAAUUGGUCGACGGUUAAGCCGUUUGCGUGGCUCUCAAGGUGGUUUGGAUCUGUCAAAGAAAGAAGAAGUGCGUUUUUCUAUGAAUGUCUCGGAGUUAGGCCAAGAAGUCAUGGUGCUAACUGAAAAAGAGAGUCUGGAGAUUCAUGGCACGAUUGCUGAAAUCAUGAUCCUAGCCAACUCAACAGUAGCUCGCAGGCUCGUAGAGCAUAGUCCGACCCACGCACUAUUACGUCGCCAUUCACCACCAUCUGGAGAUAGAUUUACCCAGCUUGUUGACCUCGCAAAGGCCCGUGAUGUUGCCAUUGACGCUACAAACAAUUUGACGCUGCAGCAAUCGCUAGCAAAGGCUGAACAAUCGGGACGUAUGGAUAGUAAGACAAUGUCACUGUUAAAAUCCCUAGCUGUACGCGUUAUGACCGAGGCUGAAUAUGUGAGUUCGGGCGACGUCGCAGCAGGAGACGCAGCGAUGGAUAACGGCGACUUCACUCGAUUUGCACAUUACGGUCUGGGGCUGCAGUACUACACGCACUUUACGUCACCUAUUCGCCGUUACGCCGACAUCAUUGUGCAUCGUCAGCUGCUAGCAUCACUUGCAGAGUCACGCCUAAGGCCAGUAUCACAGCAUACUGCGCUGCGUCGACCUGUAGCGUUGGCACUACCCACGACACUUGUUGCUUCUGUCAUGACAUCUCAGAAUAAUGAGAACGUCGUUAAAGGCUCUGAUACAUUUAUAGACAGAAAGCUUGUCGUAAGCACUUCGGCUGAUACAUCAGUUAUGGAAAGUGUAAAGGUGUUUCCAUCGGAGGAAUUGGUACCACUGGCUCGACACAUAAACAAAAAAAAUCGUCAAGCGAAACUCGCAGCUCGCGCGUGCAACGUAUUGUUCCUGGCGCUAUAUUUCAGCAGUCAUACGGUUAGAGUGCCGGCGAUUAUCACAGCGCUCAAACAGAAUGGCUUUAUUGUUUAUGUACCAAAAUACGACAUUCGUGCUCCUGUGUAUCUGCGUGACAGAAGUCGUGUCGUGCAAAUAAAUCCCUCGUUGUUGGGCGUUCGCGUCGAGGAUACCGAUUCUGCCAGUGGUGCAUUUGCAAGCGCCGAGUUCAUUCGUCGAAUUCCUCAGGCGCAUCUGCUUUGGGAUGAGAACGACCGUGAGAUUUUGGAGGUUGUAGCACCUGGCGAUAAGCGCAUUGCGUUUCGCGUUUUAGAUGAGGUGGAAGUUCAAGUGUCAACUGAUCUCUCGACUUCGGGUGCUCGUAUACCACAACUCCAACUGCUGCUCGUCGGCUUAGGAACUUCUACACGUAAAAAAACCGUUGCAUCUUCGCUUACAGAGUUGCAACGACUUGUCCAGACAGAAUACGAGGUUAAUAGUGAUGCCAGUUGUGCCAAGGCCAACUCCAUGUCACAGAUCAAAGCCGUGGAUGAAAACUCGACGUCGGGUCUGUACCAGCGUCUCAUUGAUGGCCCGAGUCUUUCUCCUUCUAAGGAUCUAGCGAAUCGAAAGUCUAGACUAAAGGAACAGAAAGAAAUGAAGAUUGCUCAAACUUUGAGACGUCGAGGUCCUGGACGUUUGAUCUUUGGGAACUUCUCCUCGAAUUUGCGUCACCAUUAUCAACAUAAACUCGCCCAAUAUAUCAGCGAACGAUCACAAGAGCGUGAGGAAGAGCUGAAAAUUCAGCGUUUAACCCACACGUUGUCUACAACGACAUCGGUUCAGGAAGCGCAGCGUGCUGGGCGAGAGGCGCUUGCUCGGACCCAACGACUUGCCGCCGAGAAAAGACAUGACCGUAUCAAUCGUCGCAACAAGGCUGGCAAAUAG